AUGUAAAAAUACUUUAAGAAAAUAUUCUUCCAAUAAAGCAAAAUGGCAAAUAAUGUAUUUUAAUGCCGCUUAAAAGGCUAUAAUCAAUAAGACUAUAAUAAUUAUAUACAUCAAACUAUUGACUAAGAUGAGACAUUAUUGGAUAUAUUCUAAGAUCAGGAAGGAUAAUUGGGAUUUAACAACUAUCUCAAACAUGAAAUUUUUAAUAAUCCAGAUUAAUUAAGAUCAGAUUUGGAUGCUAUAUACGAAUAAUGGGAAACCAACGCUAAAAUCCAAUUAAAAAGAGUAGAAAUCUUUAGAUUAAUAAUGUUAAUGUACUUGGGAUUGUUAGAGCGAGAUUUCUCAUAAGGAGGAUUUUAUUUAAUUGAUAUGGUUUACAUAAAAUCUAACAAAAGUCAUCUCUGUGAAUAGAAAUUAAAAUGUAUUAAGCACUAUAUAAAAACAUUCUAUUUAAAUCAAGAAACCAUCAAGGAUGAAUAUUUAGUAUUUUCAAAGAACUCCAUAACUAAAGAGGACUUCAAUAAAAAAUUUGAGGAAUGUAAUAACCAGGUCAUUGAUUUUGAAUUUUCCGAAUUGAAAAAUGAAAUUCAUUAUAAUUCUACUGUUGUUGAUUUUGCUGAUGAAAACAUUGGAGGACUUGUUCUUGACACUUGGAAUUGCGCAUAGGAAGAGAUUAUAAUGCUCUUAUAUCCUGAAGCAAUUACAUGCAUGAUUUUUAUCCCAAAGAUGAAAGAAACGGAAGCAGUACUUAUCGAAAAUGUGAAAAAAUAUAGCAACUAUACAGGAUAUGAAAAGUCAUUUAUAAGCUUCCCUUCUGAGGAUAUCAAGGAAAAUUAUAAUGUUCUGGCAAUUGAUGCUAAACCAUUUUAUAGCGAAGACUAAUUUACAAAAGAAAAUAUCUAUAGAGAAUUGUUAAAGUGUUAUGCAGGGUUUGAACUUUCCUUAAAAAACAAGCCUAAUUGCGUUAUUUCUACAGGGAAAUGGGGAUGUGGAAUUUUUAGAGGCAAUAUUUAUCUGAAGACAUUGAUUUAAUUCGUAAGUUAUGCUAUUGCUACCAAUCAAGUUAAACAAUCAAACUCAAAAAUAAUUAUCAAUUGUGCUAAUGAUUAACAUUUAUUUAAAUUUGGAACCACGCUAAAAUAAUGGUUAUAAUAGUAUGGAACUUAACUUAAAUUAAUUAAUUUAAAGGAAUCAAUUUUAUUUUUAUAAAAUGGAAUAAAUGAUGGCAUGUUAUAAAAUUAUAAUACCGAAUUGAUUGACUAGAUAUUUAAAAUUUUGACAAAAGAUAUUCCCUAAUUCCAAACUUUGAGUUAAAAUAGUAAAUCUAAUGAUAAAGUAGAUGAACCAUAAUAUGAUAUUGAACAAGAAGAAGGUCAAAAUGAAAAAUUUAAUAAAAAUAUAGAAAGCCAAUAAUAGGAUUAAGAAUAAAAUUAGAAGGGAUAUAUAAUUACUAAUUAAUAAAAAGUUGCUCUUGCUGCUUUUGCUUUUGGCAUUUUUUUGGCUAGAGUCUACAUAUAUCAAAGUUGA